UUGCCCUGUCGCUUUCCACGCCCCUUGCCGGCUCCUGCUAAGCGCAAACACACGUCCCUUCGCACGCCCGCGCGCACCCGCUCGCACGCACCCACCCAGCACAACCAUGGGGUACCGUCCGACCAAGAAGUUCAAGUCCGUCGAUCCGUACGCCAAGCUGAAGCCCACUCAGCUGGCGAUGAUGGAGAAGCGGGAGGCCCAGUUCAACAAUGCGCCGAAGAAGUUCACCGAUCGCGCGCCGCGGUCCUUCACCUAUCUGAUGCAGCACAACAAGCGUUUCGAGGAGAAGCAAAACGGCAAGAAGGCGCCCAAGGCCGCCGGCAAGGCGGGCGCGGCGGGCGCGGCGGGCGCGGCGGCCACGGCGGGCGCGGCGGCCGAGAAGCCCGCCCCGGCGGCCAAGAAGCCGGCCACCGAGCCGCAGUCCUUCCAGGAGCGCCUGAAUGAGGCCAUGCGGGCCACGCGCUCGGUGUCCUCCAAGCGCACGGAGUACCUGCGUGAUCGGCGCAACCGCAAGCGCGAGGCCAAGGCCCCGAUCAGCGACGACGACCGGGUCCUCGGCAAUUACAAUCCCAUCCCCACCGUGACCGACGAGUCGAAGCGCCUGACCAAGGAGGAGGAGGCGGCGAUCCGGUCGGCGGCGGCCGACCGCGCGCGCCUGAUCGACGCCAAGGCCGAGUACUAUGGCUUCGACCGGCCGUCGAAGAACCACGCGCCCGAUGCCCCGGGCUUCGGCGAGGUGGUGGACACGGUGCCGCACCUGACAUCGGUGCCGAAGAUGCGAGGCAAUGCCGCGGCCCUGGCCGCGGCCAUGGGCGAUGGCCCGGCCGCCGGGGCCAAGCGCACCCGUGUGUCCACCGAGUCUCUGAAGUUGGCGCAGGCCUUCCGCUCGGGAGCCGCCAUUCCCAAGACCCCGGCCAUGCGGGUCGCUGUCAAGGCGGCCGGCGCCGAGGCCGGCACCGCCACCACCGAGGGCAAGGGCCACAAGUCGGGCGCCGCGGCCGCCGAGCUCGGCAUCAAGACCGGCAAGCGCCUGCGCGACAUGUCCACCGCCCAGCGGCGGAUCCUCAUGGACGAGCGCGACCGUGUGGUUGGCAUGUACCGCGAGAAGCGCAAGCUGGAUAUGGCUCGUGCGGAGGAGGCGCGCCAGCGGAAGAUCGGCCCCCGGACGUCCCAGUAAUUCUCCCUCUCUUUCUCCCUCCCUGGGUAAUGGGGGCGACGUGUUUUCCAUCCUCUUUGCCCUCCGUCGGCCGCCGUCCUCCUCGGCCCUUCCCUCCUCUGUCCUUCCUGCGUCCUUUUCGCGAGUCCAAAAAAUAGAAAACCCCUCCCACCGUG